AUGUUUAGUAACUACGAUAUCAAUGGCAUUCAUAGUAACUUUAGCAAUCUCAAUCUGUACAGCCACGAGACUGCACCAACAUCAGUGAUACCAAAUGAAGACGUGAAGGUCUGCGAUGUACAUGUUGGUUGGAAGAAGGAUAUAAUGUGCCUCGACUGCGAAUAUCUGGUCUGUGCAGGCUGUUGGAUGUUGAAUCACAGUGGCCACACCAAAGAUACUUCCAAAUCAGCAUUGAUCUCAUCACUGGUUGAUAAGGAUAGCUAUCAGACCAUCGCCAACAAUAGGUUGAGGAGUCUUUGGAGCACUUUGAACAUCCUAUCCACUCUGUACCAGACGGCGAGCAACACAAACAACGAAGUGAGCGAACACUUCAAAUCACUGUACGAGUACCUGAUGGUACAAGAACACAAACUCAAAGCGCCAUUCCAUCAACAACUCGAACGUACUCGAACUGCCACCCAAGCAAUCAUUAAAGAGCUGAAGGAUAUCAAUGUCUUACUGAGCACCAUCAAGAAUACUACCAAGAACAAGACUCCACCCCUCUUCUCCCCUUUCAGUUCGCCACUGAAGGAGUCUGCCGUUGAUGGUCACAGCAGCACCAGCAGCAAGAGAAAGAAUAGCAACUACAACAGUGACAAUGAUUCACCCGAAGAGGAGGAGAAUGAUACAAUUGACAUAGAGGACAUGGACCAAGUUCUUGAAUCAAUCAAAAGGAUCACAUCUAUGGAGAGGUUCAUAAGCAAGGCAUUCACUUCAUCCACAGGCAAUAAGGACGGAGGUCACAAUGACGAGAUAUUGACAGACUUUGAAUUGCAACCAUUGAUCGAGCAGAGCCUACAAUAUAUGAAAGAUGCACCAAGGAUUCAGCUCACCUCUACACCAUUGGUGCAGGUCAAUCAACAAUUGCUCUUGGACAUCAGGAAACAGAUCACCUCAUGCUUCACAUUCCUCGACCCAAACAAUCAGAUGGCACCUUUCAACACUCGAAUGUUCUCCAUUGGCGACAGUGACUACUCAAUGUACUCGAUCAACCCUAGUUUGGCAAUGUCACCACGAGCAAAUGGUUAUACUCCCAGGACUGGAGUAUGCACGUCAACAGUCUAUGCCAAGGGCAAUGUCUACAUCUUUGGAGGUGUGGAGAAUCAAAAGACAUACGCCUAUUACAACCUGGCCGAGCAGACGUGGCACGACAACCUGCCAAUCGAUACAAUCCAAGGCGGCUUUGAUAUCUCUGCCUGCUACGAUGGCUUAGACACCAUCUAUCUGGUUGGCGGGUACAGCGAAGGAAGAAGAUGGAGUCGAGUAGAUUCAUUCAAUAUCAUGAAGAAGAUGUUCAGUCAUGUCGGCAAGCUUCGCUACGAAUUGUCAGCGGCAAUCACAUUUGUCCACAAUCUUGAGGUGAUUAUUGUUGGUGGAUUCUUUGCCAAGAAGCAACAACGAGUGUGCAUCUCAUCAUUUGAUCCCGUCAUCACCAAAGUGAACCGUGUGCUACUGCAGGAUGAGAGUACCAACAACAAGUGUGGAUCAAUGCUUAUAUCAUGCUGCUUCGAUGGCGAUGAGAACGUAUACGUUCUCUCUGGCGCUGGCGUGUUCUUGUCAUUCUCACUGGAAACUGGCAAAUUGGUCUCACGCUCUUACACACCUCCAAGACUUGGCAACUCAUUGUUCUACAUUCCCAAUUGUGGCCCCGUCCUUCAAGGUGGUAAAGACCACAACUACCAUUACUCUGUCAAGGAUAACAAAUGGUCACCUAUUCCAGGUAUAUUCGAUGGUGAACCUCGAGGAGUCAGAGCACUCUGUUUGAUACCAAGUAUUUAA